AUGCUGGAUGACUUCUCUUCAGUCAAAAUUGAUUCCAAAGAGCCCAUAAUUUCAGCCGCUGGCCCGGGCUGGCCUUCAACGACAGCAGCUCCAGCUCCAGCUUCAAAAGACAAUUCCGCAACGGCCGAGGAUGACGUUCUCUCGGAUGACGACUUUGCGAAGCAGCUUCAGGCUGGAAUGGCCGAGUUGAUGGGGGAGAUGGAGAAUUCUCCGGAGAUGCAAGCCCAGUUUGAGAGCAUAUUCAAGGAACUCGGCGCCGCAGCAGCGGCCACCACUGGUGGAUCGCCGACAGGUGCCGCAGCGCCGGGCUCAGGGUCUGCCGACCGUCCUCAGGCAUCGUCGUCCACUGGCGCGGAUGCCUCGUUCCAGGACACGAUCCGCCGCACGAUGGAGCGCAUGCAGACCUCGGGCGACCAGGCCACUGCCGCUGCUCAGAGCGAAGGAUCGGACGACUUCAUGGCAGAGCUGCUGAAGCAGAUGCAGACGGGCGGCCUGGGAGAGGGCGGCCUGGGUGAGGGCAGUGAGGAGGAGUUUUCCAAAAUGCUGCUUGGCAUGAUGGAGCAGCUGACCAACAAAGACAUCCUGUACGAGCCCAUGAAGGAGCUGAACGAUAAAUUCCCUGAAUGGAUGGAGAAGAACAAGGACACCGUUUCGGAGGAGGACAGGAAGCGCUAUGAGCUCCAGCAAGGGUUUGUCAAGGAGAUCGUGGCCAAGUUCGAGGAGAGCACGUACUCGGACUCGAAUGCGGCAGAUCGGGAGUAUAUUGUGGACAGGAUGCAGAAGAUGCAGGCUGCCGGGUCUCCACCUCCGGACCUAGUCGGCGACAUGCCCUCUGCACAAGACGCCUUGAAUGCUCCUGAUGCAGAAUCCUGUAAUCCUCAAUGA